UUCGUCUGCGUGUUUCCGCAUAGCAACGCGACCUGUGCGCCACAAAAAAUAAUAAUAAAAUAAAGGCAAAAGGAGAAAGCACUGCUAGCAAGCCGGUCGGGACCGGAAUUUACGACACCUUGCUGCUCGUCACGCAACGUGGACGCUGUAAGCCGCCACUCGGAGCGUGUCGCCAUGACAGCAGAGGAGACCAUCAACGUCAAGGAGGCAGAGGUGGUCAAGCUGGUCCUCGACUUCCUCAGCUCCAGGAAGCUGCACAUCAGCAUGCUGGCCUUGGAAAAGGAGAGCGGUGUCAUCAACGGCCUCUACUCAGAUGACAUGCUUUUCCUCAGGCAACUCAUUCUGGAUGGCCAGUGGGAGGAGGUGAUGCAGUUUAUUCAGCCUUUAGAAGGACUGGACAAGUUUGACAAGAAAAGAUUCCGCUACAUCAUUCUGAAGCAGACGUUUCUUGAGGCUCUGUGUGUAAACAACGCCAUGUCUGCAGCGCAAGAUCCUCAAAAUUUGGAGCUGACCAUGCAGGAGGCCGUCAAGUGCCUCCACAACCUGGAGGAGUUCUGCCCAUCCAAGGAGGACUACAGCAAGCUUUGUCUCCUCCUCACUCUGCCUCGCCUCACCCACCAUGCCGAGUUCAAGGACUGGAACCCGAGUACAGCGCGCGUCCACUGCUUCGAGGAGGCCUGCGCAAUGGUAGCUGAGUUCAUUCCGGCCGACAGGAAGCUGAGCGAGGCUGGCUUCCGGGCGAGCGGGAACCGCCUCUUCCAGCUGCUUGUUAAAGGGAUCCUUUAUGAGUGCUGUGUUGAGUUCUGCCAGAGCAAAGCGACCGGGGAGGAGAUUACAGAAGGCGAGGUGUUGCUCGGCGUAGACUUGCUCUGUGGGAAUGGUUGCGAUGAACUGGAUCUGUCUCUGCUGUCCUGGCUGCAGAACCUUUCCCCUAGUGCCUUUACAUGCGCCUUUCAACAAAAGACCCUCAGCAUUCACGUGGACCGCCUGGUGAAGCCCAGCAAGGCGGGCCAUGCCGAACUCCUCACUCCGCUGAUCAACCGUCUCUCCCCCUGCCCGGCCUCACCUUUCCGCCAGCGGCCUCACUCGGCCGACACCUACAUGUCCAGAUCUUUGAACCCGGCUUUGGACGGGCUGUCCCACGGCCUGGCUGCCCAGGACAAGAGAGGCAUGGAGGCCAACAUGAAAUCUGCUCUCAGUCGAAGCCUGGUGGAGAACAAUGUUCACCAGCUGGAUGAUUCACCUGAGAGAAAGAACCCACGGGGACUGGAAGGCCCCAAGACCACACGCAGCCCUCUGACUCCUGGGAGGGAUGGUGGAACAGCGUGCUGCGCAGAGACAGCUGAGCGGCGUGACUCCACGGAGCACGUGCAGGAGUAUUAUAGGCAGCGUCUGCGUGUUCAGCAGCAUCUGGAGCAGAAGCAACAGCAGAGGCAGCUUUACCAGCAGAUGCUGCUUGAGGGGGGAGUGAAACCACACGAUGGAGCCCAAAACAACCUCACAGAGACUUUCCUCACCCGAUCCAUCCAGAAACUGGAGGAGAUGAACGUUGGCAUCGACCACCCUGGCGAUGAGGUGACACAGCUGGGCCAGCAGUGGAAUGGACUGGCAGAUGACACGAACACAUCCAGCACCACGGACCCGGAGGUGAUUCACAGGGCAAAGUCAGGCGGUGUAAACAACAGUGGCACAUUAGGGGAUGGUAGUCUGCAACACCCCGGUGUGCCUCCAGGUCUUGCGAGUGCUGAGAAGACUGGCGGGGCCAUGCAAGAUGAUGCCAGCAGCCACGUGACGCGCUGCACAGCACAGCAGACAGGAAGGUCCAAAACUCAAUUUGUCAAAGUGAACCAGCUUGAAGACACGCAGGCAGUACGAUCAGUAGCCUUCCAUCCCUCCGGAGCGCUUUACGCCGUUGGAUCCAACUCUAAAACUCUGCGAGUUUGUGCCUAUCCUGACACACAGAAGGCCAGCACUCCGGAUGCAGUCAAGCAGCCGGCGGUGCGCUUCAGGAGGAACAAACACCACAAAGGUUCUAUCUACUGUGUCGCCUGGAGCCACUGUGGGCAGCUGUUGGCCACCGGCUCCAACGACAAAUAUGUCAAAGUUCUGCCUUUCAACGCUGACAGCUGUAAUGCCACAGGUCCCGAUCUAGAGUUCAGCAUGCAUGACGGUACCAUCAGGGACUUGGCCUUCAUGGAGGGUCCCGAGAGUGGGGGGUCCAUCUUGAUAAGUGCUGGAGCUGGAGACUGUAACAUCUACACCACUGACUGCCAGAGAGGACAAGGCCUUCACGCCCUGAGUGGGCAUACUGGCCACAUCCUGACUCUGUACACAUGGGGAGGGUGGAUGAUCACGUCCGGAUCCCAGGACAAGACAGUCCGCUUCUGGGACCUGAGGGUGCCCAGCUGUGUGCGUGUGGUGGGCACAACCCUGCAUGGCUCAGGAAGUGCAGUGGCUACAGUGGCCGUAGAUCCCAGCGGCCGCCUCCUCGCCACCGGCCAGGAGGACAGCACCUGCAUGCUCUACGACAUCAGAGGAGGCCGCAUCGUUCAGACGUACCGCCCCCACGGCAGCGACAUUCGCUCGGUACGCUUCUCACCCGGAGCCCAUCAUCUCCUCACCGGUUCCUAUGACAACAAAAUCAUCAUCAGUGACCUGCAAGGUGACCUGACAAAGCCGCUCCCUCAGACGUUGGCAGGGGAGCACUGCGACAAGGUGAUCCAGUGUCGGUGGCAUCCCAAAGACAGGACCUUCCUCUCUUCCUCGGCCGACCGGACUGUCGUCCUGUGGGCUCCGGGCCCCGCGGAGGGUCUGAUUUCUCACGGCAAAAGCAGGAGUGAGCACUAAUCGAGCAUCGCGUUCAUCCCAGCGUCCACACGUCGAGCCGUUCGUGGUCGUUGCUCCAUGUUAAGUGUUCAGAUGUUAAAGAUCAUGUACACGUCAAUGUGCGUCUAAUGUCUCACUAUAUUGCGUGAACGAGGACAGACAGAUAAAAAAAACACAUUUCAAAAACAGCCAAAGCGCUAAUACAUUUAGUGCCACCAAUACAUUUGGGCCGCCACAGAUAAAUGAAUGUAUGGGAAAGACUGGAUGUUCUUGCAAAAAAUGCCACAAAAAGAAGAAAUCUGAAGAUAUUUUUUAAAAAGUAACAGUAUGAAAUGUUGCUGCCGUGAGAGGGACGCUUAAAAUUUACGUGGAAGGUGCGCUGGAUUGUAACGUGACUGUCGUGCGCCCUUCCCAAAUAGUCCGCUUUAUUUUCUUCAUUUUAAGCGAAUGACGCUUACCGUUUCUUUCACCCUAGAUCGCCGAGGGGUGUUUCAUUUCCUUUCUACUCGGGUUUUGUGGGCAGAAUGGGAGGAAAGGUAUCGCGAUGAUGCAUCGCUGACUGGAAAAAGGCAAAAAUGUGGUUUAAAAAUGUAUUUAAUUUGUCACAUAAUGUGCCUUUUUACACCAUUGGAAGAGAUUUGUGGAUUAUUGUCAAAUAAGCGAAUGAUGUAUUUAUUUAUGUUGCUUUAUCUAUGCUACCACUUGCCUUGACACGUGUACUUUCUUGUCGUAUGGUGCACGUUCCGUGGUCAUGUUAGCAUGGAAGGCAAUAGCAGGUGGUGUGAUCACGUUGCACUGGCAUGCGGAUGAACUGCACACAGAGACAAUGAACUCAUCGCACCAUUUUCUGCCAUUUUUGAGUAGGGAGCUGUAGGUGAAUAGAUGGAGGCGAGCACAUCACACUCCGAGUGACAGAAGAGCACAAGAUGACGUUGAUGUCUUUGAAACAAAGUUGACGACUCGGUCUUCUAGAACGAAACGCCGAAAAAUGCGUUCAAGACCCAACUGAAUCACGCACUUUAUAGGCAGAGGUUGUGCGACCGCGAGAACACGACUUGAUGCAGAAAGAGGCGGGUGUGGCUGAGAGGCGUGCCACAAUGAUCACGCCAUUACAGCGGACACCUCACCGAUGCAGGUGUUGAAUCACACCGUGUUGUUGUGCAGUGUUUGUUCCACGUGUCCCGUCAGCGUGUUGUUCCCUUUGUGAGUCACAGUCAUGACUAAGCUGACAUUCUACAUUUCAGUUGCUUGCAAUGAAACAAUGGAACCAAAUCUGGUGUUGGAAGAAAGAAAUGAAUGAAUAAAGUUGCACUUGCCAUCAAACGUUGGCUUUG